CAAAACACAAAGAUUAAAUAAUCAAAACAUUAUAAGCGACUCUUUACGAUACUAAGCAACAAAUUUUUGCUAAAUAAAUAGUGGCAACUGUAUAAAUAACCGUUCCGAAGUAAUCAUUAGAAAUUUAAUAUUUUCCACAGGAAUUGUGGUAUAUAAUUAACUAUUAUGGCUUUGCCCCCUUUUGAACCACCUGAAGAAGAAUUCCCGUUCCACAGAAAUGGUUUUUAUGAACCUCCUUUUCAGCCCUGUUAUGUGCUCUUCUUCAACACGACAAAUCGCCAUAUCAAAUUGUUUUGGUUCGACAACAAGGAGACUAAAUAUCAUACCUCAUUGGCGCCAGGCCACCACGUCAAAACCAAUACUUUCACCCAUCAUCCUUGGAUAUUUUGUGAUAGGGAUAGUAACGAAUUAAUGAGUGUGCACAAUCUACCUAGAUAUUGGCCCAUCCCUUACAAAAUGCGCAAUCCAAAUAAUCCCGCACGUAUGGUGCCUUGUCGUAAAGAGAUCAGAAUACAAUAUCCUUUACGAACUUUACGCGAAAGUUGCCUUUGCCGAAUUGUAAAUACGUUGAAUCCAUUGCAUCCAAUAGCGGCGGUCAAUAUAAUUGAUGAACGUAUGUCCUUACCACAUAUUUUGAAAAAAGAACUAAAACGACGUUUAAGACGGCCACUGGGUACCGAACCAAUCAACGAGGAGUGGGAGGAUAGCAUAGUUGUAAAAUAUAAUAUACCAAGAAAUCAAUAGAUUUUAGUUUGAUAAACAAUUUGUUUAUAGUUAAUAUAUAUAUGUAUGCAUGUGUACUCUAAAGUUCAUAAAAGCAUUAAGGUAUUUCGCUUUUAAGAUUUUAUACACUAUACAUAUAUGUAUAUUUACAUUAUAAUAUAUAUUUAUGUAUCUUUCCAAUUGAUUUUCUACUGGUUCAGCUCAUAACUACCGCUAAUGUACGUAUAAAUUCUAAGGUCGUAUUUUAUAAAAUAAAAACAAAUGUAAUCAUAUAUACAAAUUUGUUAGUUUAUUGGCAUGAAUGCAGUUGCUUAUAUUCCUUGUGUGAAAUUUGAAUUUCUGUAUACUUUUAAUGUACUAUAUAUAUUUUUUUUCCUUUCAAUAUAGUAAAUUAAUUUUAUAAUAGUUGCUGCUGUUAUAGCAGAAUUUUUGAUUUCGUAAUUUAUUUUCAUUUUCUUUUAUUUAUAUAAUUUCGUAUAGAAUAGCUUUAAACUUAUAUUAAAGUAAACAAGUUGUAGAUAAUACGCGCCACAUACAUUUUAUGCAUUAAUACAUAUUAUUCAAUAUAUCCAAGACUAAUAUCUUAAAUGUCGCUAGAAUCCGUAAAAUAUAUGUAAACAAUUUUCAGACCGAGCUGUAAGCUCGUUUUAAAGAAUAUUUAGACCACAGAUAUGAAUACAUAACAGAUUUUGACAAAAACAUGUUUUUUCUA